GCAGCCGCCGCAGCAGCCAUUACCCGGCUGCGGUCCAGGGCCAGGCGGCGGCAGAGCGAGGGGCAUCCGCCACCGCCAAGUCCAGAGCCAUUUCCAUCCUGCAGAAGAAGCCCCGCCACCAGCAGCUUCUGCCAUCUCUCUCCUCCUUUUUCUUCAGCCACAGGCUCCCAGACAUGACAGCCAUCAUCAAAGAGAUCGUUAGCAGAAACAAAAGGAGAUAUCAGGAGGAUGGAUUCGACUUAGACUUGACCUAUAUUUAUCCAAACAUUAUUGCUAUGGGGUUUCCUGCAGAAAGACUUGAAGGAGUAUACAGGAACAAUAUUGAUGAUGUAGUAAGGUUUUUGGAUUCAAAGCAUAAAAACCAUUACAAGAUAUACAAUCUGUGUGCUGAAAGACAUUAUGAUACCGCCAAAUUUAACUGCAGAGUUGCACAGUACCCUUUUGAAGACCAUAACCCACCGCAGCUGGAACUUAUCAAACCCUUUUGUGAAGAUCUUGACCAAUGGCUCAGUGAAGAUGACAAUCAUGUUGCAGCAAUUCACUGUAAAGCUGGAAAGGGACGAACUGGUGUAAUGAUUUGUGCAUAUUUAUUGCAUCGGGGCAAAUUUUUAAAGGCACAAGAGGCCCUAGAUUUCUAUGGGGAAGUAAGGACCAGAGACAAAAAGGGAGUAACUAUUCCCAGUCAGAGGCGCUACGUGUAUUAUUAUAGCUACCUGUUAAAGAAUCAUCUGGAUUAUAGACCAGUGGCACUGUUGUUUCACAAGAUGAUGUUUGAAACUAUUCCAAUGUUCAGUGGUGGAACUUGCAAUCCUCAGUUUGUGGUCUGCCAGCUCAAGGUGAAGAUCUAUUCGUCCAAUUCGGGACCCACACGACGGGAAGACAAGUUCAUGUACUUUGAGUUCCCUCAGCCGCUGCCUGUGUGUGGUGACAUCAAAGUAGAGUUCUUCCACAAACAGAACAAGAUGCUAAAAAAGGACAAAAUGUUUCACUUUUGGGUAAAUACAUUCUUCAUACCAGGACCAGAGGAAACCUCAGAAAAAGUAGAAAACGGAAGUCUAUGUGAUCAAGAAAUUGAUAGUAUUUGCAGUAUAGAGCGUGCAGAUAAUGACAAGGAAUAUUUAGUACUCACUUUAACGAAAAACGAUCUUGACAAAGCAAAUAAAGACAAGGCCAACCGAUACUUUUCUCCAAAUUUUAAGGUGAAGCUGUAUUUCACAAAAACAGUAGAGGAGCCAUCAAAUCCAGAGGCUAGCAGUUCAACUUCUGUAACACCAGAUGUUAGUGACAAUGAACCUGAUCAUUAUAGAUAUUCUGACACCACUGACUCUGAUCCAGAGAAUGAACCUUUUGAUGAAGAUCAGCAUACACAAAUUACAAAAGUCUGAAUUUUUUUUUUAUCAAGAGGGAUAAAACACCAUGAAAACAAACUUGAAUAAACUGAAAUUGGACCUUUUUUUUUUUUUAAUGGCAAUAGGACAUUGUGUCAGAUUACCAGUUAAUAGGAACAGUUCUCUUUUCCUGACCAAUCUUGUUAUACCCUAUACAUCCACAGGGUUUUGACACUUGUUGUCCAGUUGAAGAAAGGUUGUGUAGCUGUGUCAUGUAUAUACCUUUUUGUGUCAAAAGGACAUUUAAAUUCAAUUAGGAUAAAUAAAGAUGGCACUUUCCCAUUUUAUUCCAGUUUUAUAAAAAGUGGAGACAGACUGAUGUGUAUACGUAGGAAUUUCUCAUUUUGUGUUCUGUCACCAACUGAAGUGGCUAAAGAGUUUUGUGACAUGCAGGUUCACAUCCUGCCCCUCUGCACUUGUGGCAACAGAGAAGUUUGCAGUUGGCUAAGAGGAGUUUCCCAAGGGUUCGCUGCAUUCUCAUGCAUGUGUUUGGGUCGAGGAUGGAGGGAGUGCUCAGAAAGGGACGGGUUUCAUGCUGGACUCUGGACCUUACGCCGUCUCCGGCUGUUACGCGCGCCUUUCUUUAGCAUGCUACGGUUACUAAUCCGGAUGUUUGAGGAGUUGGCCGCUGUCACUGCUUGUUGUUUUGUGCAUUUUUUUAAAAGCAUAUUGGUGCUAGAAAAGGCAGCUAGAGGGAGUGAAUCUGUAUUGGGGUACAGGAAUGAACCUUCCACAACUUCUUAAGAAUCCACAAAUGAAGGGAUAUAAAAAUAACGUGGUCAUAGGUAAGAAACACAGCAACAAUGGCUUAACCAGAUAAAUGUGGAGGCUGUCAACAAAGAAUGGGCUGGAAGCAUUUAAAAAGUUGACAGUGAUUUAUCAGACAUGCUCUCUCACUCGUAAUGACUGCUCCAUCUCCUGUGUGAUCAAGGCCAGUGCGAAAAGUCAGAUGCUAUCAGUACCUACAUCAGUCGACAGCGUGCACUUACUUUAUUAGUUUCCAAUCAUAUACCUGCUGUGGAUGCUUUGUGUGCUGCCUGCAAGCUGCUUUUUCCUCAUUGAAUAUAAGAUAUUUUGUAAUGCUGCACAGGAAAUUUCAAUUUGAGAUUCUACAGUAAGCGUUUUUUUUUCCUUUAAAGAUUUGUGAUGCACUUACUUAUUCAGUCAGAUAGCCGUCAGCCGUUCUGCCCUUUUGACCUUACACAUUCUAGUACCAUGAGUUUUGCAGUUUUGCACAUUUUUUAAAUGUCAUUAACUGUUAGGGAGUUUUACUUGAAUACUGAAUACAUAUAAUGUUUAUAUUUAAAAGGACAUUAUUUGUGUUAAAAAGGAAAUUAGAGUCACAGUAAAUUUUCAACACUGCACAAAUAAUAAGGCAUUUACUUUUUCGGUAGAAAUUGUCCCACAUAAUGCUUUUAUCGAUUUUUAUUGAAAGAAUAGUUUUUUUUUUUUAAAUGUGCAGUGUUGAAUCAUUUCUUCAUAGUGCUAGAGUUAGGACUAGGGCUUCAGUUUCACUUCUUAAAUAUCAUAUAUUUGAUAUGCCCAGACUGCAUAUGAUUUUAAGCAGAAUACAACUGCUAUUAAAAAGCUAAUGUGAAGAUUUUAUUAAAAAGAAGUCCCCUCCCCCCAAAAUUUGGUGUCUUUCAAAUUCUACCUUAACCUUGAAACAUUGAAAUAUCCAGUCAAUUCAUUUCUUAAUGGUGUAAAAUCUCAUUUUCAAUAACUUAUUGGUGCUGAAAUUGUUCACUAGCUGUGGUCUGACCCUAGUUAAUUUACUAAAACAGAUUGCCAUUAGGACCUAUUAGAGCAGCAUUUAUAGAGUUUGAUGGUAAAUAGAUUAGGCAGAAGUUCAUUGAAAAUAUUCUUAGUAAAUAAUGUUGACAUGUUUUCCAUACCUCAUCAGUUUCAUUCAACAAAUAAAAAAUUUCUAAAUUUUUAACAGAGCUCUUAGGAUUUACACAUUUGUAUUGAAACAUUGAUAUACAGAGAAUUGAUUGCUCCUCAGUUAAAUUGGUAAGGUUAGAGACAACCAUUCCUAAGAUCUCAGUGUUGAAAUUUAUACACCACCUUUUCUUUCAUAAAAGCUGAAAAUUGUUGACUAAAAUGAAAAUCAACUAUUCAUGUUUUGAUGAUAGUUAUUAAUACUGUUAUUUGUUACAGUUUUGGGCACAGUAUAUAUUAAAACAUAACUUGUGUUGUUCCAAUAUGUAACAUGGAGGGCCAGGUCAUAAAUAAUGACAUUAUAAUGGGCUUUUGCACUGUUAUUAUUUUUCCUUUGGAAUGUGAAGGUCUGAAUGAGGGUUUUGAUUUUGAAUGUUUCAAUGUUUUUGAGAAGCCUUGCUUACAUUUUAUGGUGUAGUCAUUGGAAAUGGAAAAAUGGCAUUAUAUAUAUAUUAUAUAUAUAUAAAUAUAUAUUAUACAUACUACUCCCCUUUAUUUCAGUUACCAUCCCCAUAGAAUUUGACAAGAAUUGCUAUGACUGAAAGGUUUUUGAGUCCUAAUUAAAACUUUAUUUAUGACAGUAUUCAUAAUUAGAAUGCAUUCUGUAGGUAAUCUCUUUGAGUUUCUGGAAUGUUUUCUUACUUAGACUCUUUGGAUGUGCAGCCGCUUACAUGUCUGAAGUUACUUGAAGGCAUCACUUUUAAGAAAGCUUACAAUUGGGCCCUGUACCAUCACAAGUCCUCUGUAGCUCCUCUUGAACAUUUUUUUUUUGCCAUAAUUAUUAAAGAGUAGUUGAAGAAAUAGCAUCACCGUUCUUUGCUGUGGCACAGGUUAUAAACUUAAGUGGAGUUUACCGGCAGCAUCAAAUGUUUCAGCUUUAAAAAAUAUAAGUAGGGUACAAGUUACAUGUUUAGUUCUAGAAAAUUUGUGCAAUAUGUUCAUAACGAUGGCUGUGGUUGCCACAAAGUGCCUCGUUUACCUUUAAAUACUGUUAAUAUGUUGUGCAUGCGGACGGAGGGGUGGAACUGUGCGCUGGAGGGCUCUAACUGCAGUGUCUGGCCGAGCUGCCUUCUACCCUGCCAGUUCACAAGUUCAAUCUGUUUUCAUAUAGAUUAUAUAUACUAAACAAUUUCAGUCUGUUAAACAGCCUUACUCUGAUUCAGCCUCUUCAGAUACUCUUGUGUGUGCAGCAGUGGCUCUGUGUGUAAAUGCUAUGCACUGAGGAUACACAAAAAAAUAUGUGUACAGGAUAAUGCCUCAUACCAAUCAGAUGUCCAUUUGUUAUUGUGUUUGUUAACAACCCUUAUCUCUUAGUGUUAUAAACUCCACUUAAAACUGAUUAAAGUCUCAUUCUUGUCAUUGUGUGGGUGUUUUAUUAAAUGAGAGUAUUUAUAACUUAAAUUGUUUAAACUUACUGAAAUUUUAAAUAAUGGGCAGCCAAAUGUGAUUACGUUUUCUGUAAUUUUUUUUUUCCUUGCUGUCCUUCAAAGCCUGCAGUUAUAAAAACAUGGGCCUUUAUCAGCUUGUGAGUAGAGUAUCUGUCUACUCAUGUCUAAGAGAGGCACUUUUUUUUAGGGCCUUUGUCAACACUUAAUAAAUUGUUUCAAGCACAUUAAAUAGCGUUCUAAUCCUGAAAAAAAGUUCAGGAUUCUUGAAAUUUUGCCUCCUUUUUUUUCUUUACUUUUUUAAUUUUUUUACUAAGCCAGAUGUCUGAAGAUAAUUCCGCAAAAUGAUGGAUUUGAUACUUCAGAUUUCAACUUUGUGACUUUUCCAUUUAUGAUUCUGUAGAGACUGCCGUCAACAUACGGGAAGUUUCAUCUGCUCAUUGUGACUUGUGUCAUUUAAAAGUUGAUAUUCCAGAGUAGUCUGAGAGACUGUGUACUUGAAUUAAUCUGGUUAUUUCUAAUAUUCUUAAAAGUAUAAAGACAAAGGCAUAUCCUUUCAACAAAGCAUAGCAAGAUAAUAAGUGAAAGUGUAGCUUGUACAAAUGUUUUGAAAAUAAAGCAGCCCACUUAUAAAACAGCGAAAUUUAAUGUUCUUUCAAGUUUACAUUUUCUCAUGUGACUUUAAAAAAAAGUGAAUGUGAAUAGUGUAUAAUCAUCCAAACUAUGAAAAGUGUGGGAUGCACACAGUUUUAUUUUUUUCUUUUAGGUAUAUUAAGUAUGGUUGGAAACUAUACUGGAGUUUUAAAUUACUGUGUUUUAUAAGGAGAUCUUGGUGAUGUCUGAAAAAUAGGAAUUUAAUGGCAAUUUUGUUUUUAUUGCAUGUUUUCACUACACUGUAGUUUGAGCUAGUUUGGUUAAGUGAAUGCCAUCACCAUUUCCAUUGAGAAUUAAAAAAUCACCAAUGUUUAACAUGCAGGCUUCUAAAGGCAGACAAAAAAUCAAACCCUGAAAUCUAAUGAAUUUGCUGCUAACGUCCAGCCUCUUUUGGUUCUUUUAUUCCUGCCAGAUAAACUCGCUACGCAUCUAAAACUUAGUCUUCAAUGACUUAAGUAGAAGUUUUGAUUGGGAGUGCUCUUAACUAGCACAGAGAGAAAGGUUUCUGAAUGGAAACAAUAAAUAAUCAGUCUAAACUGGUUUAAGGACAGUAUUUUAAAACUGUAGGAAGCCUAAUGAUUAAGUUGCUUGUCCACUUUUUUAUUUUAAAUUUGGAGCAAGUCUAUUCCUUUAUAACCAUGAUCUUGCUAUUUUUUUCCUCCUCCAAGAGAGCUUCCUUCUCACAAAUGUAUUAGAAUGUAGGUAGCCAGUCUUGGUAAAUUUAUAUUGGUUGGUGGCUUUAAAAGUUUGUAAUGUGAAGGCGACAGGAAAGAACAAAUAAUUUUUGUUGGUGGUAAUAAAUAACCUUUGGUUCUUAAGAUAGCUAUUUUGAGAAUACUUUUCCAUAGCAACAACAAUAAAAUAAUCAUAAUUCCCCCAUGUGGAGACAUAGCCGUUAUUGAUGCUUCAGUGACUAUACAAUCAUUUUUUUCUGUAUAUUCAUGUAUAUAUUUUCUUCAGUAAUGAAAUUUGUACUGUGUGUACUCUCAGAGCCCAUAAGCUUACUAUUUCUGACAUGGAUUUAUAGUGUUCAGUUACAUCAGAAAAUGAGCAGUGACUUGAUUCUAAUGCUGCAGAUGCAGAUUAUGUGCAGUUAUUGAGAGCCCUUUCCAAGUCAGUUGGUUAAUUAUGAAUGUUUAGAUACUGUUGACAUCAGGAUGUUACAUGUCUAAGUAAAUAAAAUAGUUACAUUUAUUUAGCAUAGACAAGCUAAACAUUGUAGAUAUAUCUCCUCAGAAACCAUUUUAAAUAUUUGCAUUUUGGAGUUAUGUGUUAAGUAGUUAAGCAGAAUAUGUAAGACACUAUAUUAGUAGUUGAUUUCACCAUCGCCUUUCCGGUUCCCUCAUAGGUUGGAAAAGAGAAUGAGCUUUUCAUGAGGGAAAAGAGAAUGAGCUUUUCAGUUUUUAGACUUCCAAACUGUUCGAUUUAGAGUGAGUUAGUUUUAACACUGGCAAAAAAAAAAAAAAAAAAAAAAAGGCUGGGGGGAGCUACUGCUUGUUCGUCAAUUGUCUUUAAAUCUGUGCUAGUGUGGUUUCCAACAUCUCAAAAACAGUAUUUCAUGAAUGGUUCACCUUUAGUUCUGGAAUUUGCUGUGCUUAAUGGCAUGGGGGCUUAGAACAUGCAACUCUUCUUUUGAUAGUCAUUUGAGAAUUUGGGUGGGAAGGAUUUAGCUGCAGGGCAGUACGUAACUUAUAGAUCAACAUCUUGGUAUUUCAAGAACAGUUUUGCAUAUAUGAGUGACAUCAGCUGCCAUCGUUGAGCAUUACCAGGUUUUAAAAUAAAGCUGCAUAUUUUUUAAAGGAAGUGUUAAAUGGAUUUAUAUUUUUCGUUUUUUUAAUUAAAAGUAAUCUCUGUCUCUUGUUGCAUGUUGUUUCUCCUCUGUUCUUGAAAUGGUUAGAAGUUUUUUUUUUUUUUUUUUGGAAUGGAGCAAGGCUUGUCAACAGCUCUACUGUUGCAGGUUGUCAACUAUUUUACUGUAGUGAAAUUCUGGAAAUGUUUAGGUGUGGCUUUCUGGAGCCUGUCCUUUAUUGAUGUUAAUUUAUGUGCACCUUAGUAUUUUCUGCCCACCCUAUACAAUCGUCCAAAUGAUAUCCAGUGGUACAAAUGCCCUUUCAGUUUUUACUUUUUCUCAUUAAAUUGCCCUAAUGCAAUUUAUAAACACAAGUGUGGAUGGGUGGGUGGGUGAAUUCAAUUUUUGAGUGCUAGACUCCCAACUUCAGAGACUAAAUUCUUUGAUUCAGGCCAACCGUUCUCACUGGAAUCUGAAAGUUCAUUGUAAUGAAAAUAAUGUUAACCUUGGAUGACCUUUGACGUACAGGAAUGAAUCAUGGAUAUUAAUGAAUUUGUUAGUAGCAUCUUGAUGUGUGCAUUAAUGAGUUAUUUUCAAACUUGUGCAUUUAACCAAAGUUGGUGUAUUGGAAAUGUUUAUAUCAAGUUCCAUUUGGCUACUGAUGGACAUAAAAACAAAUGCUUUCCUAUGGAGAGUAUUUUUUCUUUAAAAAAAUUAAAAAAGUUAAUUAUUUUGAA